GCGUUUUGAAAUCCCGUUGCAAUCACCCCGAGUACACGAAUCUCAGACAACACGGACAAAAGCUCUUCUUCUUCUUCUUCUUCUUCUUUCCGCCCGCUCCACGUCCCUUCUUGUACAGAAAAGGAAAAGGAAGCCGCAGACGUUUUUUUAAGAGGAAAAGGAAUUGUUAAAAAUAAAAGAAAGAAGUCCUGAAGCUUCAUUCUUGAUGAAAGAAACGAAGGAACCCUAGAAUCUGCAAAUGUGUUUUUUUUUUUUUUUUGCAGAGAAGUCCUUAAAGAAGCAAAGAGAAUUUUGUUGGUAUAAUUCUUGAUGAAACAGGCUCUUAGAAGCCAGAGGAUUAUCAUCCUCUCGUUUCUUUCUAUCUCCGUUCUUGUUCCGAUCGUCAUUGUCUCCAAUAGGCUCAAAAAUUUCACUGCGUCUUCUGCACAUAGGGAAUUUGUUGGGGAUCUAUCCACCAUUAAGUAUAGGAGCGAUGUAGUGAGAUUACAUGCGGUCCAGCAGGAAACAGGUGAAGGCUUGAAAGAGCCGACAUUAGUUGUGUACAAAGAUGGAGAUUUUAAUUCUGUAGAUAGAAGGAAUUCUUCUGAUGAGUCCAAGAAUAGUGGACAUACUAGGAGCAGUGACUUCUUGUUGGAAAGAAAUGGAACGAAUAUUGGUCACAGGGAAGAAAUUUUAGAGAUCAAACGCCAGAUUGUUGCACCUCCUACUGGAAGGAAGGGGCAGUCCACCCAAGCAUCUGUUGGGCGAAAUCCAAAUGUCCAAUCCAAUAUUCGCAGAUUACCUGAUGAGAAGAUAAGAGAGAUGAAAAAUCAGGUUAUCAGGGCCAAGGCAUUCUUGAAUUUUGCACCACCAAACAGCAAUACAAACUUAGUGAAAGAGUUGAAAUUGCGUAUAAAGGAGGUGGAACGGGCUGUUGGUGAAGCCACCAAGGAUUCAGAUCUGUCUAGGAGUGCUGUGCAGAGGAUGAGAGCCAUGGAGAAUUCCUUGUUAAAAGCUAGUCGUAUUUAUACCGAUUGCUCUGCCAUGGCAACAAAGCUCCGUGCUAUGACAUAUAACUCAGACGAACAGCUUCGUGCACAUCAGAAUCAGGCAACUUAUCUUUUUCAACUUGCUGCAAGGACUACUCCAAAGGGUCUCCACUGCCUUAGCAUGCGUCUCACUGCCGAUUAUUUUGCUUUGCAACCUGCAGAGCAGGAAUUUCCAAACAAACAGAAAUUGCAUGAUCGAGAUCUCUAUCACUAUGCAGUCUUCUCUGACAAUGUCCUUGCAUGUUCAGUGGUUGUUAAUUCCAUCAUCUCAGCAGCAGUUGAACCAGAAAAAAUUGUCUUCCACAUAGUGACCGAUGCCCUCAACCUCCCAUCAAUUACAAUGUGGUUCUUGCUAAAUCCUCCUGGCAAAGCAACAAUUGAGGUCAAGAACAUGGAUGAUUUUGGAUGGCUAUCGUCUACAUAUGGUACGGUAUUGAAGAAGCAGGACUCCAGGGACCCAAGAUACACUUCAGCACUGAACCACCUCCGCUUCUAUCUGCCUGAUGUUUUCCCUGAAUUGAAUAAAAUUGUGCUUCUAGACCAUGAUGUAGUGGUCCAUAGGGAUCUGAGUGGAUUGUGGAGUUUUGAUAUGAAGGGGAAAGUAAAUGGAGCUGUAGAGACUUGUCGGGAAGGUGAGCCAUCAUUCAGACGGAUGGAUAUGCUUAUUGACUUCUCAGAUCCAAUCAUAGCAGAGAGGUUUGAUUCUGCUGCAUGCACAUGGGCAUUUGGUAUGAAUGUUUUUGAUUUGCUAGAGUGGAGGAGACAAAACUUGACAGCAGUCUACCAUAAAUACAUUCAAUUGGGUGAAAUGAAGCAAUUUUGGAGGGCUGGAAGUUUGCCUUUGGGUCUUGUCACCUUCUAUAACCAAACAGUGGCUCUGGACCAGAGAUGGCACCUCCUAGGGCUUGGCUAUGACUCAGGUGUGGGGCGGAGUGAGAUUGAACGUGCAGCGGUUAUCCACUAUGAUGGAAAUAUGAAGCCAUGGCUAGAGACUGGUAUUGCUAAGUACAAGAGCUACUGGAACAAACAUGUCAAAUACAAGCAUCCUUACUUGCAACUUUGCAACAUCCAUUAACUCUUUAGUCACUACAUCUGUGGCUCCAUGUUUUCAGAAACUGCAGAUGUCAGCCUAAUUAAUUCUUCCCUUCCAUUCUCUUUCUUGUACAUUCAACUUUUUCUUCAUACUCAAUUUUUCUUUUCUUUCCCUUGUCCUUUCUUUUCCCCAACCAAUUUCUUCUAGAGCUGAGCCGAUUUAAAUUAAUAAAUGAUCAAAUAAGAGAGUCCAUGUGAGGUUUUUGUAAUGCUGGUACAUGUUGAACGUACAAAGAUCAUUUCAGAUGUUUUGUAGUUCCAACCACCUCAUUUUGUUUUGGAGGAGUUGAUUUCCAUAUGAUAAUUACUUUUUGUCGGAUUUAUUUAUGCUUC